CUUAGCAGAGUGGAGAGGGUCGGUCCCCUUGCUAGUCCGCCGGUUGGCCAUCUUCUCUUCUUCCCUACACUCCACACUCGAUACAUUUUUAUGAGAAGCCCUAAAUGCAGACGAUCACACCACGAAACGUACCCAAUCAUCAGCAAUGAGCGUUUCUGAACGUUUUGAAGGAAAUAAAAGUUGAUCAAGGUUUCAUUUCUGAGAAGAAAUGUGGCUCAUGGGAUUGCCUAGUGCUUGCAAAAGAAUGAAGUUUAGUGGCAACAGUUCAUCAUUAUUGUUCGGUUAUUUAUCUCUCAUAAAUGCAAGACUUGUCGAAAGAAUGCAAGCUUGUGCAGUUUAUUCCACCCUUGGAGCAGUUAGUGGUGAUGCUGAUAGGGAUAUUGGAAAACCGACAUUAGCAAAGAAUUUAGCCUUUUUAAUGGAGGAAUCUUCUAACCAUGUGAUAAGACCCAUGGCUCGAAUGGAACUUAAGAGGUCAUUUGAACUUCGCAUAAAGAAGAGGGUCAAAGAGCAAUAUGUGAAUGGAAAAUUUCAAGACCUUAUGGUGAAAGUGAUCGCCAACCCACAAACUCUUGAGGAUGCUUACAAUUGUAUUAGGAUCAAUUCAAAUGUUGAUUUGGCAUUGGAUGGUGACAACAUUUCUUUUAAAUCCAUGGCAGAAGAGCUCCUUGGCGGAAGUUUUAAUGUCAAUGUCAAUACCUUCUCUAUAUCAACAAAGAGUGCAAGGAAAGAAGUCCUUAUCCUUCCUAGUUUAAAGCUCAAGGUUGUCCAAGAAGCCAUUAGAAUAGUCUUGGAAAUUGUUUAUAGACCCUACUUUUCCAAGAUUUCACAUGGUUGUCGAAGUGGGAGGGGCCACUCCACAGCAUUGAAGUACAUCAGCAAAGAGAUCUCUAAUCCUGAUUGGUGGUUCAUAUUGCAUGUAAAUAAAAAGCUUGAUGCUGUUGUCCUUGCUAAACUCAUUUCAACAAUGCAGGAUAAGAUUGAAGAUCCUAACUUGUUUGCGAUGAUCCAAAAUAUGUUUCAUGCCCAGGUACUGAAUUUGGAGUUUGGGGGUUUCCCUAAAGGCCAUGGUCUUCCCCAAGAGGGAGUAUUGUCCCCUAUAUUAAUGAACAUAUACCUUGACCUCUUUGACCAUGAAUUCUACAGAAUGUCCAUGAGGUAUGAAGCUUUAGAUCCAGUUAUGUGUAUUGAUCAUGAUAAAUCUCAUUCCAAGCUUCGCAGCUGGUUUAGGAGACAGCUGAAAGGCAAUGAUGUCAAAUACAAAGGCAGGGAAAACUCCAACUUUAGGGUUCAUUCUUGUCGAUUCAUGGAUGAGAUAUUUUUUGCCAUUUCAGGUUCCAAAGACAUUGCUAUUGAGUUCAAGUCUGAGAUUCUAAAUUACAUGCAAAAUUCUCUCCAUUUAGAUGUCAGUAAUCAAUCAGAACUAUUGCCAUGUCAUGGACCUCAUGGGAUACAAUUUCUUGGCACUUUGGUUAAAAGAAGUGUGAGAGAAAGUCCUACUGUAAGAGCAGUUCACAAGUUAAAAGAAAAGGUUAAGUUAUUUGCCUCACAAAAACAAGAGGCUUGGGAUGCUGGGACACUUAGAAUUGGAAAAAAAUGGCUGGCUCAUGGUUUGAAGAAGGUUAAAGAGUCAGAGAUCAGGCAUUUAGCUGACACUGAUUCCGUUUUGAGUCAAAUUUCCUGCUUCCGCAAAACUGGGAUGGAAACCGAUCAUUGGUACAAGCUCUUGGUAAAGAUAUGGUUGCAUGAUGUGAAGGCGAAAGCUGCAGAGAAUGAAGGAGUUAUCCUAUCUAAGUAUAUUGCAGAACCUCUCCUUCCCAAAGAACUAAGGGACUCCUUUUAUGAAUUUCAGAAGCGUGCAGAGGAUUAUGUUGCUUCUGAAACUGCUUCAAUGCUUGCACUUCUGCCUAAUUCCAAGUCUUGUACUGAAUCUGUCCCUAUCAUAAAGAUUAUUGCUCCUGUUAAUGUAAUAAAGAAGCGUCUAUUACGAUAUCGAUUGACAAAUGCUAAAGGAUACCCCUGUGCAUCUCCUAUGCUCAUUUUACAAGAUGAUAUCCAAAUUGUUGACUGGUUUUCAGGGCUUGCUCGCAGAUGGCUUAUUUGGUACAGUGAGUGUGACAACUUCAGUGAGGUCAAGCUUAUUAUUUGUGAUCAAUUGAGGAAGUCUUGCAUCAGGACACUAGCAGCAAAGUAUCGACUUCAUGAAACUGAGAUAGAGAAACGGUUUGACGCAGAACUAUGCAGAAUCCCUUCUACUCUAGAGAUAGAGCAGGAGAAGGUGAACGAAACAUCAGAUUCUCAAGCUUCUGAUACCAACGAGGCCUUAAUGUAUGGGAUCUCUUAUAGUGGAUUGUGUCUCCUAUCUCUAGCUAGAAUGGUGAGCCUGUCACGACGUUGUAAUUGUUUUGUUAUGGGAUGUUUGGCUGCUGCACCAAGUGUUUACACCCUUCAUGUGAUGGAAAGACAGAAAUUUCCAGGAUGGAAGACUGGGUUCUCAAGUUGUAUCCAUCCCAGCCUGAAUGGAAGACGAAUUGGGUUGUGUAAACAACAUUUAAAGGAUUUGUAUCUGGGGCACAUAUCACUUCAGUCCAUAGAAUUUGGUGCUUGGAAAUGAGGAAUUGUUUUGCAAUGUUAAUAUUUUGAUCAGACAGUUUCAACUCUUUCGUACCGACAAACUGAUUAAAAUCCAUGGUCAUUGCAAAAGAACAUUUUUCUGAGGAUUUUCCAUAUGUUUAAAUUUGAGGCAUCCUUAUGGGACUUGGAAGCGCAUGAUGUUUUACAUCAUCACUUGGGCUUUCUAAUUUCUACAUGCAGAUAGUGUUAAGACCCUUUCCAGAGUUCACUGAUUGACCAAGACAAAAAGUUCUGAAUGAAGCUGGCUAUGUACCUUCUAAUUCUGAGAAAUAUCCCCUGUGAGGGAUUGUUUCUGCAAUUGAGAAUGCUUUCCAUGCAACCCCAUCACUGGCUUGCUUGAAUGGUGCUGUGAAGGAACUUCAUUUAGGCUCCUAUAAGGACUCCAAGUUGCAGUAUGGAACUAUUGAUGCUGUUGGAUGAUUGUAGAACUUGUUAUCAUUCCAUGGCUCUUAGAGCAGAAAUAAGACAUGGGUGAUGAGGGAAAUGUGGUUUCAUGGUUACCUGACAAUGAAACUCUCUAAGAUGUUGGUGUGGGGUUUUACAUGUGGAAAAUGGCUUCAUGGUUACGUGAAAAAGUAGCUUUCUGCAACCUUGGUAGGUUGUAUGUGCUGUAAGUUGCUUCAUUGAAUUUGUUAAUGCCCAAUCUUAUGACCAAAACUGUAAAACAAUAACAUGAAUUUGUAAAAUAUGUGACAUCUUAAGAUAAUAUACUUCUGAAUUAAAAUAUUUUUCUA